AUGUUAAUGAAUGACCAGCCGUCCAUCGUUCCGAACGAUCAGUAUGAAGUUCUUUUGGUUCUGCCCCUCCUGGUGGCUGCGGUCUCUGCCCAGUUCGGUGGAUUCGGAGGUGGCUUGGGCGGUGGCCUCGGAGGUGGCCUCGGCGGUGGCCUCAGCAACUUGGCCUCCAAUGCGGCUAACCGCUUCCAGAGUGCUGCCAGUGGCAUUGCCAGCGUUGUGCCCAAGGUGCCGCUGCUCAGCAACGUCCAGAGCUUCGGCGACUUCUUGUCCCAAUCCGGCAAGUCCUACCUCAAUGCCGCUGAUCAGGCCCUGCACGAGGGUGCCUUCGCGGCCACCAAGAGCCUGGUGGAUGCCGGAAACGCGGCCUAUGCCGCUGGCACUUCCACCUUCAAGCAGGCGGUGAAUGCCUUCGCCGAUCUGACCCAGGGCGAGUUCCUCAGCCAGCUCACCGGUCUGAAGAUCAACCGUGCCGCCAAGGCUCGUGCCGCCUCCAGCCGUGUGGAUGUGCCCAUUCCCGAUGGCCAUGUUCCCGACUCCUUUGAUUGGCGCGCGAAGGGAGGCGUUAGCCACGUGAGAUUCCAGGGCACCUGCGGUUCCUGCUGGGCCCACGCCACAGUCGGUGCCAUCGAGGGUCAUGUCUUCCGCAAGACUGGCUCCCUGCCCGUCCUCUCCGAGCAGAACCUGGUGGACUGCGGUCCAGCCGAGGACUUUGCUCUGAACGGCUGUGAUGGUGGCUUCCAGGAGGCCGCCUUCUGCUGGAUCAACGAGGACCAGAAGGGCGUCUCUCAGCUGCCAACCUAUCCGUACUUGGACAAGCAGGACACCUGCAAGUACGACGAGAGCAAGGCGGGAGCCCACAUCAGUGGCUUCGGCACCAUUCCGCCCAAGGACGAAGAGGAGUUGAAGAAGGUGGUGGCCACCCUGGGACCCGUUGCCUGCUCGGUCUACGGCAUAGAGAGUCUGAAGAGCUAUGACGGCGGCAUCUACGAUGAUGAGGAGUGCAAUAAUUCCGCGGAGCCCAACCACGCCAUCCUGGUCGUUGGGUACGGCUCGGAGAACGGUCACGACUACUGGAUCAUCAAGAACUCCUGGGACGACACCUGGGGCGAGCAGGGCUACUUCCGUCUGCCGCGCGGCAAGAACUUCUGCCUGGUGGCCGACGAGUGCUCCUAUCCGGUGGUUUGAGCUGCUUUUGGCUUGCACCUGGAUAUGUCCAGGACAAUAUUUUUGAUCUGUGCUGAUUUCUUAAAUAAAACGAUUAAAAGGAUAUACGACAAUCAAUAAGGCUUUGAUUCCAAAAGCCGCAAAGAAGAACCUUGGCAUUGAUGCUUGUGAUUUUAACAAACACUUUCGUUGAAAUAAAUCUCUGAUUUCAAAAACUA